UGAAGCUUGUAUUUAUUUGUGUUUGGGAGCAGAUUGCCAACGUGCUGUACCUGGAGUCUCCUGCCGGCGUUGGCUUCUCGUACUCCGACGAUAAGAACUACGUCACCAACGACACAGAGGUGUCGAUGAACAACUAUCUGGCUCUGAAGGAGUUCUUCCGUCUGUUCCCCGAGUACAGCAAGAACCAGCUGUUCCUGACCGGAGAGAGCUACGGAGGAAUCUACAUCCCGACGCUCGCUGAGAGGGUGAUGGAGGACGCCAGCCUCAACCUGCAGGGCGUGGCGGUGGGGAACGGCAUGUCCAGCUAUGAGAUGAACGAUAACUCUCUGGUGUUCUUCGCCUACUACCACGGCCUGCUGGGCACCCGGCUCUGGGACCAGCUGCAGACCUUCUGCUGCUCCGACGGGAGGUGCAACUUCUACGACAACCAGAAUCAGAACUGCUCCAUCAGCGUGAGUCACAAAUAUACUGGGUCUAUUCUGGGUCUAUACUGGGUCUAUUCUGGCUUAUGCUGGGUCUGUACUGGGUCUGUACUGGGUCUAUUCUGGCUUAUGCUGGGUCUGUACUGGGUCUAUACUGGGUCUAUACUGGGUCUAUACUGGGUCUGUACUGGGUCUAUACUGGGUCUAUACUGGGUCUAUACUGGGUCUAUUCUGGCUUAUGCUGGGUCUAUUCUGGGUCUAUACUGGGUCUAUUCUGGCUUAUGCUGGGUCUGUACUGGGUCUGUACUGGGUCUGUACUGGGCAGAG